GUUGUUUAUUGGGCCAUUUAUUCUCAUUAGUCCUUAUUUUACAGUCGGGAGAAGUGAAAUAAAUAUAAAGAGGCUAAGAACCUUUCCAAAAUAUUGGCACUAACGAAAAGCAGCUAGGAUUAAAUCCAGGCGUCCUGGCUGUGGAGAACCCGUUCUUACCAAUAUACCAGAGUAAGUGGGUCGGGCACGCAACGCUAAAUAAAGCAGGUCAUAGUUAACUGUUGAAGCGUGAGGCGAUUUUCAUUGCAGGCAGAAGACCUAGUUUUGAGACCAGUUUCUCCAGCUUUAAGAGGGAGAGAAUACUGAAACUAGGGAAUGGUGUAGAGUGAGAUAAUGAAUGUGAAAGUGAACUUCAGACUCCGUAGAUAGUAACUCCACCUACUAGCGGUUAGGAAAGAAAACCUGUAAACUGAAAUUUAAGAGUGCGGACAGCUCGUCGAGCCAGGGUGAGGCUCCGCCCCCCACCCGCGGAAGGUGGGGCAGGCAGGCUUCUGCGCAUGCGGAGGCCGCUGCCCGCGCCCACCUCUGACCCCAGCCGAGAGUAGCUGCUGUUUCUGAGAGGACGAUUCGUAAGCCGGGGUCCGGCGCGGUUUCCCAAUCCCUCGCCCUUCUGCCCAGCCCCUUCGGUGCUCGAGCGACGCCUGGGGCGCGGUCUGUUCUGGGCAGCUUGCCUGGGCUUUCUACAGAGGCUCCGGCUGCAGGUCACAUAGGUGGCUGUCGAAAGUGCCGGCCGCGCGCCGGCGCCGGCAGCAGCCGGGUGGGAAGGCUCAAGAUGGCGUGCCUGUUGGAGACCCCAAUCCGCAUGAGCGUCCUCUCGGAGGUAACAGCUAGCAGUCGCCACUAUGUUGACAGGCUAUUUGACCCUGAUCCCCAGAAAGUUCUCCAAGGUGUCAUAGACAUGAAAAAUGCUGUAAUUGGAAACAAUAAACAGAAAGCCAACCUCAUCGUUCUAGGAGCGGUUCCAAGAUUGUUGUAUUUGCUUCAACAAGAAACCUCAAGUACAGAGCUGAAAACUGAAUGUGCAGUGGUGUUAGGGAGUCUUGCGAUGGGCACAGAAAACAAUGUCAAGUCUCUACUAGACUGCCAUAUUAUCCCUGCCUUACUACAAGGACUACUGUCCCCAGACCUGAAGUUCAUUGAAGCUUGCCUCCGAUGCCUCCGGACAAUCUUCACCAGCCCUGUCACUCCAGAGGAGCUACUGUAUACAGAUGCUACGGUGAUACCACACCUCAUGGCACUGCUGAGCAGGUCCCGCUACACCCAGGAGUAUAUCUGCCAGAUCUUCUCACACUGUUGCAAAGGGCCAGAUCAUCAAACAAUUUUGUUUAACCAUGGGGCAGUGCAGAACAUUGCUCAUCUCCUAACCUCACCCUCUUACAAAGUUCGAAUGCAAGCACUGAAAUGCUUCUCUGUUUUAGCCUUUGAGAAUCCCCAAGUAUCGAUGACCCUGGUAAACGUUUUGGUUGAUGGGGAGUUGUUACCACAGAUAUUUGUGAAGAUGUUACAGAGGGAUAAGCCUAUUGAGAUGCAGCUCACGUCAGCAAAAUGUUUAACUUACAUGUGCAGAGCUGGAGCAAUUCGCACAGAUGACAGCUGUAUUGUAUUAAAAACUUUGCCUUGUUUGGUUCGAAUGUGCAGUAAGGAGAGGUUACUAGAGGAGAGAGUUGAAGGAGCUGAGACCCUCGCCUAUCUGAUUGAGCCAGAUGUUGAGCUGCAGAGAAUCGCUAGCAUAACCGACCACCUCAUUGCCAUGCUGGCUGACUAUUUCAAGUAUCCCAGCUCAGUGAGCGCCAUCACUGACAUUAAAAGGCUUGAUCAUGACUUAAAACAUGCCCAUGAGCUCCGCCAGGCUGCGUUCAAGCUCUAUGCCUCUCUUGGAGCAAAUGAUGAAGACAUCCGGAAGAAGAUCAUUGAGACUGAAACUAUGAUGGACCGAAUUGUGACUGGCUUGUCUGAGUCUAGUGUCAAGGUGCGGUUAGCUGCUGUCAGAUGUUUGCACAGUUUAUCCAGAUCUGUACAACAGCUUCGAACCAGUUUCCAGGAUCAUGCGGUGUGGAAACCUUUAAUGAAGGUUUUACAAAAUGCACCCGAUGAAAUCCUAGUAGUAGCAUCUUCCAUGUUAUGUAACCUUCUUCUUGAAUUUUCUCCAAGUAAAGAGCCAAUUUUGGAAUCAGGAGCUGUCGAGCUGCUCUGUGGGUUGACACAGAGUGAAAACCCUGCUCUACGAGUGAAUGGGAUUUGGGCUUUAAUGAAUAUGGCAUUUCAGGCGGAACAAAAAAUAAAAGCAGAUAUUUUACGAAGUCUGAGUACUGAACAGUUAUUCCGGUUAUUGUCAGAUUCUGAUAUGAAUGUGCUGAUGAAGACAUUGGGGCUUCUUAGAAAUCUCCUCUCCACUCGGCCUACCCUGUGCAUCCUAGCCAACAUUGCAGAUGGGACAACAGCAAAAGAGCUUAUUAUGACCAAUGAUGACAUCCUGCAGAAAAUCAAAUAUUACAUGGGUCAUUCACAUGUCAAACUGCAGCUUGCUGCCAUGUUUUGUAUAUCAAACCUCAUAUGGAACGAAGAGGAAGGUUCACAGGAACGCCAGGAUAAAUUACGAGACAUGGGGAUUGUAGAUAUUCUACACAAACUGAGUCAGUCGGCAGACUCAAACCUCUGUGACAAGGCAAAGACGGCGCUGCAGCAGUACCUGGCGUGACAGGAGAGCCCUGGGCACCUGCGAGCACCCCACACCUUUGUAAAAGGAAGUACAGGAGCUAGCCUCAUUUGACUCCUUCUAUUUGCACACGUCACCUUGGACUGCAGGGAGCUGUUUUGCGAAGCAGUUUAGUAAGCUUAGAUCUCGGAUUCAUCUUGAGAACAUUUUUUUGAGGUAGUGAUUUCCUCCGAGGACUGUUGUGUUGUGUUUUGUUUUGUUUUCUGAGCUACCUGGACUCUUUAUUAGAACAAUCAGUCAUUUCCUUUGGACCUACAAUUUUUUGCCUAUGCUGCAGCCACUUUGUGAGCAAGAAUGAUGUGUGUGUGUGUGUGUGUGUGUGUGUGUGUGUGUGUGUGUGUGUGUGCGCGCGCGAGUGUGCACAUGCACAGGAGUCAGGAUGAAUGACCGUGUGGGUGAGGGAUACCUCAGAUUUUUCUUUUCUUAUUUUGUGUGAAAAUCUCUUUUCUACAGAUUUUCCAGGGUUUAAGCAUUGCUUGCUGUACAAAAAAAAAAUUUACUGAAUUAUAUACAGUUUGAAUGAAAUGUUAUUUUAAAAGCAAAACAAUUGUUUAGUGUUCCAUAAAAGUUAUGUUGAAUUUUGGUCAGAUGAAUAUUUGUAAGUAAAAAAAUAUAUGCAUUUCUGAACCUCAACUUACAUAGAUUUUCUUUAUAAAAACAAACAAAAAAAAAAAAGACAAAAAAAGACAAAGAAAAAGUUGGCUACAGUCUGCCUGAAUAACAGGCACUGUACAUGGUGCUGUGCAGAUGGUAAGCUAGCAUCUUACUGCCAUCAAUAUUAGCAGGUACAAAGCCUUUGGGUUUUGUUUUAUUAUUUGUUUUUUUCCUAGCCUAAUUCAGUAAGUUCUCAGGCUUCCAAAUCAGAAGGAUGGUGGAAUAGAGCAAAGUGAGGGAUGGUCACUGUAGGCUUUGAAACGUCAAAGGGAGGCUGAUAGUGGAAGCCUUGCGGGGACCAGGUGGGCUGGCUUUGACAGGACGGGGAAUCGAAAGCUUCCCAGCACCCCAACGUCCUGUCAUUAGUGUGGCAGUAUCUGGCAGGGUCUCAGAGCAAACCUGGAGAGCAGGUUGCCUGGAAACAAGCCAGAUCACCGGGUGCUUCCCGAGGCAGCGUUUGCUGCUGGGAGACUAGCUUGUUCUGCAAACAUGUCCUAGAAAGAGGCAGCUGCUUAAGUGCCCCAGCAAAGGCCAUGCAGUAGCUGGGGACAGCUGGGUGCUGUGCUCAUCCGGAAUGAAAUAGGAAGUCUUUUUCCUGGAUGAAGCUAAAAUACUUCAUGUUGAGAAAAGGGAGGAGAACCUCCCCAUGAUGACUAAAAAUGCAUGGGGGCGGGGGUGUAGAAUCUGCUUCAACUUCCGGUCCCUUCAAAUUGAACUCAUCAGAGAUAGGAACAAACAGCCUGCCUUCCUGUGAUCAGCAGGGCUUAGCAGGCAGUGUGUGCGGUGUCUGCAGCUGCUGGGGCCCACACCCUCCCUCCCACCAGCCACACCCGACAGGGCUGCUCACCUGAGAGCUGGUCUGUCACCAGCCUUCGCCUUCCUUGGAAGACUUAAGUAUGGUUGAUUGCAAAUGAAUGUUUUUAAAAUGUUGUAUUUAAUGCAAUGCUUCCUGCUCUCCAUAUGGCCACCCAAGAUACAAACACAGAGAUUUCCAAGUUGUUUUUUCCAGAACAUCACUGACUUUAAAAGCUGUCACAACAGAACUUGGGUUUUGUACAGACGUCAGAGUGCUAAUGUGAGAAAACCUGGGAAUGAAGCCUUCCCCGGGCCACCUAUUGCCGCCGCUGGUGUUGGGGCUGUACCCUCCGAUAGCGUUUUGUAACAAGACGCUACAGCGUUGGUUUUAGAAAGUACCAGUAACUGUAAAGAAACCAAUAACACGUUGCUGAGACAAUCGUGAACCCAAAAUAGCAUGAGAGGGCUGAAGACCCUUUGAACUCUGUGGAUAAAUCUUGCCUGUGGGUAUAGGCAAUGGUCACAUAAGAAGUGCUUUACUCGAAUUAACUUCUCUGAUUUGAAUGAAGGGAAAUGUAUUUAUUAAAACAAAGCUGUGUGCUGCUUUAUGCAGGUGCAGUAUUUGGUCAGCAAGGAAGUGGGGAGAGUGGGGGCGUGGUCUUAUGUCUACACCCAAGUUCUUAACGCAGCUUCUGGCCCUAAUACUGCAUUCUGUUCUCCCUUUGUGCCCUGAUUGUAACCCAAAAUUUAUAAACUAGAAAAGAAUGUCAAAUUUAAUAAGUUGCAUUUUUUUUCUUAAGCACUUUAUUCAGAACAAUACAUGUUCUUCUGGUAGUGUUUGGAUAAUAUGAUUUUAACACGUGCUAAUAAAAGCCAAGAAAAGUCAUGGCAA